UGUCCAACCACACAAAAGAAUAUUAUUGUUGAACUUGCCUAAUCCCUUGCACUGAAUUGUACUCAACGUCAGAUGACUGACUACUUAUUCUUUGAUAAUAUUAAAUAAUUGGAAAUCCUUCACCUAGCUAUUGGAGUUAGCCAGCAGCCAUUGUCUUUCUCCUUUUGUCAAGCUAGCAGCCCAGAUUUAUCCCACAGAUGAAAGUCAUUCCUUUUUAUGCAGGAAGAUUUAUGAUGCAAAAAUGGCCACUGGGUAUCAUACUAUAUAAGAAUUUUGAACCUUCUUUUUCAAAAUAUGAGGGCCUGAAGGGUUUCAGAAUGCAGGGUUCAUUACAGCUGAAAUUGUAUAUGGGAAAUUGUAUUUCUAAUGUGGUUCCAUAUGUGGGCAUGGAUGUCCUCUGAUAGAUAGCAUAAAUAUUACUUGUGAUGUUUGCAAAGGCCUCUAGCACUUGUCUGGUUUGAAGAGAUUCAGUGUUUUUUCUGCACUAGGGUUUCAUUGGAUAGAGUAAAGCUUCUUACAGAGGGAGGGUCUUUAGAAUUUUAUGUGCAGAAGGGUUACUGCAAGGUUGAUUGGGCCAAGUAAACCCUAAUAGUCAGAGGAGAGACUAUUUGAGUUUUAUUGUUGAUACAGUUCAGUUGCUCUGUGGUGGGUAGAUCUUGGGACAUUGGAACUCAAUUAGUAGGACAGAAGAGCACUCACUGGACCUUUAGGUACUCAAUUCAAUUACAUGUUUAGAUUAGGUGAGCUCGGGAAAGGGUCCAGUCUGUCCAGUCCCAUUACAGAGCAGCCAUCCAAGGCAAAAUUCAAUUCAAUUACAUUUUCACUCGACCUUUAGGUACUCAAUUCAAUUAUUAGUUGAAAUUAGGUAAGCUCAGGAAAGGGUCCAGUCCAGUCCCAUUACAGAGCAGCCAUCAAUUCAAUUACAUUUUUUUGCUCGACAUUUAGGUACUCAAUUCAACAACAUGUUUGAGGGUUUUGCCACCAAUAAAUCCUUCUGUUCCAUUGCAAGGAGGUGCCAAGUUAGCUUACUACCCUUGUUACAUGUGAGCAACUGUAUUUGAAGAUUGAGUUUACUCAAGCUUAAACCUGUAGGAUUGAAACAAGUGUGUGUUAGUGUUUUAGCCUUGAGGCCCAACAAUUUAAAUCAGAAACAUGAGCUCAGAUCCUAGAGGGUCAAAUGACCGAUUUGAAUCAAGUGUGUGGCAGCCUUCAACCAAGCCCAAUUCGGCCUUCAGUCCCCCGGCCAUAGGACUUGUGGCAGUGAUAGCAGCUGCCUUCUUAAUUGUGACCUAUUACAGAUACUUUCUUAAGUACUGCAAGCCAUGUCUGUGGACGAUUCCCUCCCGCAGCCGCCAUGAUGAAGUCGUUGUGCAGGAUUCUGAUGGGCUGCAGCUUUCUGGGUCACAGAAUUUUGGGCUGGAUGAGGCUCUCCUGAAGAAAAUACCCAUUUGCAGGUACAGAAAGGGGGAAAAUUUGGCCCUAAUGGAAGGAACAGAGUGUGCAGUUUGUUUAUUAGAGUUUGAGGAGAAUGAGUGCCUCAGAAUUCUGCCCAAAUGCAGCCAUGCUUUUCAUAUAAAUUGUAUUGAUAUGUGGCUGAAAACUCAUGCCAACUGUCCUCUCUGUCGAUCUAAUGUUGUGGGUUCUGAUAUAUCCAUAACCAUUCCUCCACCUCCUGCUCCUUCCCCUGUUUUAGAACACUCCUCUGUUAUUAUUUUCAUCAAUAGUGUACAGGAAGCCCCACAAGCCCAUUACAGUACAGUAGCCCCACAAGCCCAUUACAGCACAGUAGCUGAAGAGCAAAGGGAUACUGUUGAAGAAUACAAUGGGCUGCCAGAGGUCAAGAAUACCAAUAUGGAGAAAGAACCAGAAGAAAAUGGAGCUAAUUGUACUGCCAUGUCCAGCAAUUUAGAAGCUCCUGGACAUGAAUCAAUGCAGCCUUUGAGAAGAGAAGGGCUCUCUGGAUUGGAAAAUUAUAAUGCCUUUUAUGGAUCAUUAUUCACUAGCAACACUACCUUCAGGUGCCACAGGCAGCAUUUAAAUGACAGUCUAUUGGUAUGACCUCUGAUUUUUUUAGUCCAAAUCAGACAACGAAGCUCCAGUAAUAAGUCCAUUGUGUAUUAAAACAUUAGCAGAAUUAGUGAGGAUUCUGAAACUUUUCUUUCCCUGCAAAGAAUUGUUCAAUGGAAAUUCGAAAGAGUAAAGAUGAUAUAACCAGGAGUCCAUGGCAGUCAGAUAUUAUCUAUAUAGUUGGAAAGUGAUUGUGAAUCCUUUGCAGGAUGAUAGUUUGAAGAUUAUGUCUAAAUAUGUUAUUCCUUUGCUUUCAUGAAAGAUGAGAAAAUUUAGAUGUUAAAAUUAUUUUUAAUGAGAAUGAAAAGGUGGUAUCAAAGUUGAUUUUUAAUCA